UUUUUUCUCGUAGUUGUGGUUGCGGCGGACAACGUCGUGGAGGCGGGGGUCAUCGAUGUCAAUCCGGAGGCUCUCAACGUUUCGUGCGUCGAUCAUCUCCUCGUCGGCCAGGUCGGGGUCCGGCUGGGGUGGCUGGUGCGGGAGAAACUCGGGGAGCUGUGCGGGAACUCCCUGGAAUGCGACGUUGCGGUCACCAGCUCCUCCUGCCAGACGCUGCGGGGUCGGUUGCAGGAGGAGACCAACGAAGUCCUCAAGAGGAGGAAGAGAGAGGAGAGCUCAGCACUCGAUUUAUCGGAUUGGGGUCCUCUCGGGAACGACAGCAUUCGAUAUCGAUUUCAAAUGACGGGGAGGAAGCGACGGGCGAUGCCGGAGGAUGAAUUCCAGCGGGAGGUGGCGCGGGUGAAGGCGUCGCUGAAGGAGGCGGCGGGGCAGCGCGAGUUGGAUCUGGUGCUCGGGGGGAAUGUGCUGGAGACGAGGAGGGUCCUGUUUGUGGCGGGGGAGGAGGGCUUCCUGUGUCCGAGGGGGGCGGUGGCGGUGGAGCGGUCGUGCCAGGGAUGUCCGCCGGGGUGGGUGUCCUCCACGGGUCUCUCGCCUUGCGACCCGUGUCCGAGGGGUUCUUUCCAGUCGGGGUUCCUGGAGACGGCGUGCGUGGUGUGUCCUGGGAACGCCGGCACUGCCGCGACGGGCGCUUCGUCUUACUACGAUUGCCUGCUGGAGCACUCCCGAUCGGCCGUCUCUCUCGAGGAGCUGAAGAGUUUCGGGACUUUGGAGUACAACGAGUGCUUCCGCGAUCCCUGCAAAAACGGCGGGACGUGCGAAGCCCUCGAGACGGGUUUCACGUGCCACUGCGAUCCGUCGCAUUCGGGCCCUCGUUGCGAGGACCCCUGGGAUCCCUGCACCUCUUUCCCCUGUCUCAACGGGGGCACGUGUGCCCGCGAUGGGGCCCGCGGGUUCCGAUGCGUCUGCCCGGAUUCGUUCGCCGGUUCGGAAUGCGAGACAGAAGUCGAUGCAUGCGCCGAGGAGCCUUGCCUCAAUGGAGGAACCUGCGUCUCCGAGGGACUUUUCUAUACCUGCCUCUGCCCUCGUGGAUACUCAGGACCGGAGUGCAAGAACGCGGUCGAUCACUGCGCGUCGAAUCCGUGCUCGAACGAGGGGACGUGCAUCGCUCAUGAGGAAGACGAUGGGUUUCGCUGUGCCUGUCGGGAGGGAUUCUCGGGAGCGACCUGCGAGGACGACAUCGACGAUUGCCUCGGGUUUCCGUGCCUCAACGGAGGAACGUGUCACGACGCCCUCGACGGAUAUCGGUGUGCAUGCAGUCCGGGAUACGCGGGAGAGAACUGCGAGGUGGACGUCGACGAGUGCUCGUCCGAUCCGUGCUCCGUCGGUUCCACGUGCCUGGAUCUCGCGUCCGGAUUUCAGUGUCUCUGUCAGACCGGCUUCGCCGGACCCAAAUGCGAUCAACGUCUUCCCGAGAACUUCGUGCUGAAGUUCGACGGCGGCGGCUGGGUGGAGAUGGGGACGUUCCCUCGAGACCUCGCCGAGAUCUCGGCCUGUUUCUGGAUGAGGACCGAGGACACCGUUCGUUACGGGACUCCGUUUUCCUACGCCACGGCGGCGUUCCACAACGCCUUCACGCUUUCGGACUACACCGGCUUGACCUUGUACGUGAACGACCGAAAGGCGGUUUCAGACGUGAAGGUCAACGACGGGAAGUGGCAUUUGGUGUGCGUGAGUUGGACCAGUUCGGGGGGUCACUGGCACAUUUAUGUCGAUGGAAAUUCGGCAGCGACGGGGAAAGGCCUGGCAGACGGCUCUCGAGUACCUGGAAGAGGAUCCCUGAUACUGGGUCAGGAACAGGACUCCGUCGGCGGAUCCUUCAGCGCGACCGAGGAGCUGAUCGGGGAACUCACCUGGGUCCAGUUCUUCCCCUUCGCGCUCGGCGAGGACGAGGCGAGGUCCAUGCCGGUCGCCUGCGGGCCCGUCGAAGGUCACGUGGUCGCGUGGUCAUCUGCCGCUCUCGGUCUCAGGGGGGAGAUCACUAUCGUGGAAUCGGCGUUCUGCGAGGGGUGUCCGUGGCCGGCCGUGCCGACGAAUGGCAACUACAGCAGUGGGGAUUUCUCGCUCGCCCUGGGGGGGACCGGCUCGGUCCUCGCGUAUUCCUGCCGCGAUGGAUUCCGGUUGAAAGGGGCUUCGACGAGGAUUUGUCUCGCGGAUGGGACUUGGUCUCUGACCGAUCCCGAGUGUGCGGGGGAACACUGUUCCUUUCCGGGAUAUCUUCCGAAUGGGACCGUGUCGGAGACGAGACUCUCGUACGCCUUCGAGGACACCAUUCAGUAUUCCUGUCACACCGGUUUCGCCCUGAUAGGAAAUAAUCAACGACGAUGCCUGGAAAACGGAUCGUGGAACGGCGAGCCUCCAUUAUGCAAAAAGAUUCAGUGCCUCAAAGACUGGACGUCGAAGUCCGGAAAGGCGACCCCAUCGCGAGACGCAUACGACGUGGGAACGAGCGUGGACUUCCGAUGCGACCCCGGCCACGUCGCUGAAGGAGCGUCGACGAUCGCCUGCCUCGAGGACGGGACCUGGGACGACCUGGCGCCGACCUGCCAGCCGACGCGUUGCACCGCGCCUCCGAUAGUGCCGCAUGGCUUCCCGGUCGACUUCGGGCCGAUGACCCCCGGCGACGACCUCAAGUUCUCGUGCGAAACCGGCUACCGGAUCCAGGACGUGGACCGCAUCCGCUGCGGUCAGAACGGGCGAUGGACCGGGGAAUAUCCGAAGUGCGAGCCCGUGGCCUGCCCGGAGCCGCCGCGGGUGCCGAACGCGGAAUACGAAGUCGGAGACCAGAAUUACGGGGGGACGGUCGUUUACGCCUGCGGGGAGGGAUUUUCGCCUUCUGGGAGGACCGUGCUUCGAUGCGAGGCGGAUGCGAGGUGGGAGGACGUGGAUCUCUAUUGCAGGCCUGUCGAAUGCGGGUCGCUUCAGGGUCCAGAGGGAGGACGCGUGACGUCGACGGGUGAUUCUUUGGGGGACGUUGCUUCUUAUUCGUGCGACCUGGAUCUGCUUCUGCGUGGGGAUGCUCAAAGAACUUGCCAAAAGAAUGGGAACUGGAGCGGAUCGACGCCCAGGUGCAUCAGGCCUUCGUGCGUCGCCGGUCCCGCGAUCGAAAACGCGGUUCGGUCGUCCGAGGGGCCGUGGGAAGCGGGGGAGACGGUGAAGACGAAUUGUCUCCCGGGUUUCGGCCUGUUGGGGGACGAGACGCUGAAAUGCGAGGAAAAGGGGCGGUGGGGCGGGGAGAUCCCGCUCUGCGUUCCCUUGAGGUGCCCGGCGCCGGAGGGCGUCCAGCGCGGGAAAUAUCAGGUCGUCGUGGAACCGGGCUCGGCGGAUCGGUUCGUGGCUUUCGCUCGGGCCCUGGAGAAGAUCCAGCGGAAUUCGUCCAGAUGGAGCGGGAUGAAGACGUUCAAGUACGGGGACUUGGACCUGGAGCUUCAAGUGAGCGGGGAGACGAAGGAAUUCUCCGUCAACAGGACCGUCGGUUCCUUGAAGAGCGGGAAAACUUUCUUCCACGGCUCGAAGGUGGAAUAUUCCUGCGAACCCGGAUACGAACUGCGCGGAAACCGACUCCGAAAAUGCACCGAAAACCAAACCUGGGACGGCGAAGUCCCGAGAUGCGUGAAGCUCAAGUGUCCCCCGAUCGGAAACAUACAACACGGCCUGGCCGUUUUGGACCCCGAAUCCGAUCGGGUGCAUUAUCGGUGCGACGAAGGCUAUCGGCUGGUCGGGGACGACUCGAAGACGUGCUCCGAAGCCGACCGGAAGCCCUCUUGCCGAAGAAACACCUGUUCCCGUCCGGGAGAGAUUCCCCACGGGAAGAUGAACGUUUCGGGCCUCGAAGUCGGGUCGACGGUCACGUACGAAUGCAACGCCGGCUACACGCUGACGGGUACGGCGAGGCGAACGUGUGGCUCGACGGGGGCCUGGGACGGGAUCCAACCCGUCUGCAGUCUCGGCACCUGUUCCAUACCGGAAAUUAUCGACAAUGGGCUCAUCGCGUUCAGCGGGAGUCUCAACGUGGGGUCCGUCAUCGAAUACGACUGCGAAGAGGGCUACGAACUGGUCGGGGUCCAGGUUCGGACCUGUAAGGCCGAUGGCAGCUGGACGGAUCGGCAACCCAGUUGCAACCUCAUCUAUUGCCCGCCUGUGCCUGCCAUGAUUCCGAACGGCUUCAGCAUCGGGUCGGACUUCUCGUUUGCUUCUAUCGUCCAGUUUCAAUGCGAUUCGGGGUACGAGGUGAAGGGAUCGGACAUGAUCAAAUGCACGGGAUCCAAACGAUGGUCGGACGAGAUUCCCGAGUGUCGACGGGUCAGAUGUCGACACCCGGGCAAACUACCGAACGGGAAACUGACGGAAGGCGUAUUCUAUUUCGAAGACCUUGCGACGUACCGAUGCGACCCGGGAUACGAAACGGUCGGGAAAGCCCAGCGACAGUGUCAAGCGGACCGCUCUUGGUCGGGGAAGGUGCCCCAAUGCGUUCCGAGGAGAUGCCCGCCUCUGCCUCCUCUCAACAACGGGAAUGUGACUUACGUCCAAGCCAGUCCGGCGGUCCCUCUCGUGUUCGGGUCUCGGGCGCGUCUCGGGUGCGAGGAAGGCCAUCGGCUGAUCGGGGACGGGGAGCGGGUGUGCGGGGAGGACGGGCGGUGGGAGGGGGACGAGCCGAUCUGCAGUCUCGUGGUCUGUCCGCCUUUGGAGGGAUCCGACGUUCUGCUCAUCGAUGAUGUUCGAAGUCGCACUGUGGGAACGGAAGUCGCGUUUCGUUGCGAGCCGGGCUACACCACCGAUGAAAAGACUUUGGCGAUUUGUAAUUCUUCCGGUAGUUGGUCCAUCAGCCCGCCGAAGUGCGUGCGAAAAUCGUGCCAGAAGCUCGAGGCACCUGUCAACGGUUCCAUGGUCGGAGAUGCGUUUGAAUACGGCGGAGAAGUGGGAUUCACAUGCGAUGAAGGGUUUGAACUCUUGGGCGAAUCCAGACUGAUCUGCAACGAGAAUGCGGUGUGGAACGCAGCCGUGCCGAUCUGCAAAAUCAUUUCGUGCCCUGCACCGCCGUCGAUAACGAAUGGGAUCAUCGAAGCCCUCGAGUCUUCGAUUCGAUACGGUUGCGAUCCGGGAUUCUUCCUCGUCGGCGAUGCGACCAUCAGGUGUGAGAAGGGAAAAUGGGCUCCCGCGCCUCCGUCGUGCGAAAUCGUUCAAUGUCCGCCGCCUCCGAAGGUCCGGGACGCCAAUCAGAUCGGCUCUAAAUACACGUUUGGGCAGACGGUGAAAUACGAAUGUGUCCGAGGGAAUCGCCUCGAGGGGCCAUCGAGCUUGAAAUGCUCCGAGAGGGGGGAAUGGACUCCAGAGCCUCCGGUUUGCAGUCCGAUCACAUGUUCGAAGCCGGUAAGCAUUGCUCAUGGAGAUUGGGAAUCGAUCACGUCGACGACCACGAAUGUGAUUCCGUACCCGGAGUUCGGCUACGGACACGAGAUUCGAUAUAGGUGUGAGAGGGGUUACAACACUACCGACGAAGCGACCGUGAAUUGCACGGAUCAGGGCUGGUCGAGUCCGCCUCCAACGUGUCACCUCAUCACCUGCCAGCCCUUGAGGAAGCCGGAAAACGCAUACCUCAGUUCCGAAGACGGUGCGUUCGGUUCCGAGGUGGAAUACGGCUGCGAGGCGGGGCAUCGACUCGUGGGAGUCAAGAGGAGACGCUGCGACGAGACUGGUCUCUGGUCGGGAGAGGAACCGGCUUGUCGGCCCGUCGAAUGUCCGCCGUUGUCGCCGAUCUCGGAGGGAUUCGUCGAUGCCACUGGCUUUGCGUAUGGAGAUACGGUGAGCUAUCGAUGCAGGGAGACCCACGCGUUGGUGGGGAGCAUGACGAGACGAUGCGUGGAAAAUGGGGAUUGGUCCGGAGCCCCACCCGUCUGUCAGGAGAUCAACUGUCCCUGGCCGCAGGGAAUCCAAAAUGGCGUGACGGAUGUCAAUUCCACUCUCGUGGGACAGAUCGCUCGCUACGCAUGCGAUCGGGGAUAUGAGCUGCUGGGAUCGAGAACUUCGACGUGCCUGAGCAACAGAACGUGGAGUGGGAAAGAGCCGAGUUGUGAGGCAAUCUCUUGUGUUUCACCAAGUCCUCCUUCGCAUGGGAACGUCAAGGCGAAAUCCCUUCGCUUCGGAUCCAGUGCAGAAUACGUAUGCGACGAGGAUCAUACUUUGCAAGGCGACAAGAUUCGCAUCUGCCAACACGAUGGGACGUGGAGUGGUGAUGAACCUCACUGCAUCCCCAUCGUAUGCCCAAUUCCAUCAGAUGUAAAAGAUGGAGGAUGGGACAGCAGCUCUUACUUCUCUGGGAGCUAUGCUACGCUGAAUUGCGAAAGAGGAUACGAGCCGAGGGAUGGGAAGCAGAGGAUAAAAUGUUCGAAAGGUGAAUGGGAAAAGGACAUACCAAGUUGCACGAAGAAGAAAUGUGGGAAACCGCAGGAUAUACCCAACGGAUUCUACAAUGGAACAUCGUGGCUGUUUGGAGACUACAUUCAGUACGCCUGUCAGGAGGGACAUGUGCUCAAGGGCGAGGAGUGGAUGAGAUGCACAGAGAGCGGAUGGGAACCCAAGCAAGAUAUCCAAUGCGAACCUGUGGAAUGCCCCGUCAUUCCCAGCUACCCACACGCCACGAAGGCUUCUAAUCUCCCCGGAACGGGAGGUUCCCUUACAUCCUACGGAUCCAUCGUUCAAUAUGCAUGUGAGAAGGGCUACGAGAACCAAGAGGCAGGGGUGAUCGUGUGUGGACCCGAUGGCAAAUGGCUUGGGAAGGGAGCGGAAUGUCGGAUCCCAGAUUGUGGACCGCCUCCGGAUGUCCCUCACGCGAGGAAGGAGCAGGAUCCCGCCAAAUUCGUCGUCAGAUAUUCCUGCGAGAAGGGAUAUUCUCUCCUCGGAAAGUCCGAAGUCUUGUGCCGGGAUGGACAGUGGGAACCUGCCUCGACCGUUUGCCAACCGGUGUCAUGUGGGAUGCCUCCGACGGUACUCAAUGGUCGAUAUCUCGUAACCAGUUCUUCGUAUGGAUCGAAGGCGAUUCUCGCCUGCAUCAAAGGAUAUAAAACCGCUGAGGAUACCCAUUCCUUGACCUGUGGGGCUUCUGAAAGCUGGGAGAUCAACGACUCGAAUGACGUACACCCACAAUGCCUUCCGGUCGAAUGUCCACGCCUCGACACCCCGGCCCACGGAAAGGUUUCAUGGAACAACUUGACAUUCGGAGGGGAAGCUAUCUUUUCGUGUGAACCAGGAUUCCAGGUGUUUGGAGAAUCAGAGGCUUUUUGCGACCAUGAUGGGAAAUGGAAUCAUCCUCCCCCAACAUGUUCCAGGAAGCGAUGCCCAGAACUUCGGAGACCGGAUCACAGCUACGUCAUCUCGACCGGCCAACAAUUCGGAGACGAAGUCCAGUUCGAAUGCGACGCCGGAUACAGGUUAGAAGGCAGGGGUUCCUUAACCUGCACCGAGCAUGGGACGUGGGAUGGACCUCAACCUCGAUGCGUCGAGGCAAGCGGGUGUGCAGUGCCUCGGGACCAAGAGCUCCCGGCCCUUGUCGUGCCGCUCACGGCAAAGGGCGCGGCCUACCAAGCGGGCGAGUCCCUGGUUCUUCAAUGCCAGCAGGGAUAUUUUGCUCGAGGGGAUCUCAGCAUGCACUGUACCUCGGCAGGGACGUGGACUCUACCUCGGGGAACAUGUCAGAGGAACUGUGGACUGCCAAUACAAAGAGGAGGAGCCAGGAUCAUCGGCGUUUAUUUUCUGCCCAAUCAUCGGGUGGCCUAUUCUUGUCCCCAAGAUGCAUAUCAUGAAAUCUUAUCGGAUAAAACCACUGUUACCAGAGAUGGUGCUCUCACCCCUAGGAGUGUGAACACGAUUCAGUGA